GCAUGAUACAAGGUCAAAAGCAAACACAAAAGUGCAGUUUGUUCAAAAAAUAGUAAAGAAGAAUGAAAAACAUUUGAAACUUUCCCUCCCAAUUCUCAAAAUUCCCAAAUUCAUCCCUUAGCUCUGCAGUUUCUGCCACUGAUUCUCACAUUUAAUUUAAUUCUCUGCAUUAAACAUUCUUCACAAGAAUCCCAUGAACCCAAUUCCCAAAUUUACAAAACCCUCUCCAUCUUCUUCUUCUUCAUUUCAAAAUCUAGCCGGCCAUAGCCACUCUCCCUUACGCAUCGCCGAUAUCUUAAACGCCGGCACCGACGACCAUCAGGCUCUAAUGGGUCGGUCUAAUAAUUGCCCAGAUAGCAUAAAUUGUUCCUCUCCUCGCUCGAUUAUGCCCAGGUGGAUCUCUGGGCUGAGACGAUGUCGAAGGAAGAGAGGCAAGGUUGACAAAAACAUGCCGGAUCGGCCUGCGCAGGCAAGUUGUUCAACGAAUUGUCUCAAUGAAAAAGAAACAGGACAAAGUAGUAAGAACGAGAGUUCAUUUAAUUUAGGAGUUGGGUGCUGUCUAUUACAUCUAAUUGCUGCGAGUAAAAAUGAGCUUGAUAAGAUGAUUGAUAUGAGGAUGCAAAUGGAAGCGCUUCUUCAAAAUACUAGAGAGGAUUUACUUAAGAAAGAUGAGCUCUGUAAGGAAGCUGAGACCAAUGGUUUAUUUGCAUAUUCUGCAUCCACAGAUGUUACCGAUUCUCCUGGUUAUGAUACAUCAGUGUUAGCCGAGUCGUCGAGAAUUACAGUUGGUGACCAGUCUUUGAAGUGGGAAGCACCUGAGAUUGAAGAAGGAAUGGAUGAACUCGAGGCGGAGCUUGAAGUCGAGUUAGAACGUAUGCAACUUCACUUAGAUGGGGAUAUGCAAUUGAAACAUCCAGAGGAAAUGAAUGUAAAGGUGACUGAUGAUGAGUACACUUCCUCCUCUAAAAGCCAAACUAUGAGUUCUAGUGAAGUAAUCCACCCUCCACCUGAUGACACAUACGAAGACUAUAGCGUUUCUCCGAAUGAGCUGGAGAGAAAGUUGCAUAUAUUAUUGGAAGCAAGACAACAAGAACAGAUAGCAGAGCUUGAAGCUGCUUUGGAGCGUCUGAAACACAAGCUUUACGAGAAAGAAAUGGAGGUUUCGUGGUGGAAAGACACAGCAAGGUUCGUUUCACGGAAUGCUAUUGAACCUACACGGUUCACUUCCGAGAACAAUCCCAAAACUAGCACUCUGGCAGGGCAACCUGUCUGCAACAAAGACUGCGAAGAUUGAGACGUUGAUCCAGUCUCCGUGUGAGUACAUAACUGUAAUUUAUGCUUGCAAGUGAAUUAUCUGCUCUGAUUGCAUAGUAUCUGAUAUUUAUACUGCUCCAUGGUAACUAAGAAAGUUAAUGCUCAAGUUGAUGAAAAAAUGGAAGCAUCAUUACCAUUUAAAUUGUA